AUGCAAGCGGGGGCGCAAACCGUCCAGGUGAGUUGCCGCUUCCGCGGUGGCAACGACGAUGGAAGCGCGCUCGGCCUCGAGUUUCCAGGGCCGACGACGGUGGUUCUCCCAAGUAUGAAGGGCACGCAGUUCUCCUUUGACCGCGUAUUUCCCCCCGAGACGAACCAAGAAACCAUCUUUGAACACAUUGGGAUACCGGUCAUUGAAGAGCUCCUGAAUGGCUACAAUUGCACGAUCCUCGCCUAUGGGCAGACAGGAAGCGGCAAGACGCACACAAUUCUUGGAUCCAAGACCGAAAAAGGCAUCCUUCCCCGCCUCGUACAGCGAACGUUCGAGGCGAUCGCAGCGCGACCGCCCGACGCCGCGACAGAGGUGUCAACGGGCCUCUUUGAAGUCUACCAAGAAAAGAUCCAGGACCUUCUCAACCCCUCGAACGCCCAUCUGCGCAUCCGCGAAGACAAAGAGCGAGGCAUCUGGGUUCAAGGCGCGGCCGACAUCGUGGUGGCCGAUCCGCCGUCGACCCUCCGACUCGUUCAGAAAGGACUGAUGGGGCGCUCGAUGGGGGCGCACUUGAUGAACGCCGAGUCGAGUCGCAGCCACUGCAUUUUUGUGCUCACCGUCACCCAGCGCUUUCCAUCGGGCCUCAAGCAAACUGGGAAGCUCUACCUCGUGGACCUCGCUGGGUCGGAGAUGGUGCGCAAGACCGCUGCAUCGGGCAAGCGCCUUGACGAAGCCAAGCACAUCAACAAGUCACUCACAGCGCUUGGACUUGUCAUCAACGCACUCACGGACGGACGGUCCAAGCACAUUCCAUACCGGGACAGCAAACUCACGCGGCUUCUCCAGAACUCGCUGGGCGGCAACGCCAAAACGCACCUCAUUUUGACAUGUUCGAGCAGUGCGGCAAACCUGGAAGAGACGCUCUCGACGAUUCGGUUUGGCGCAAGGGCGCAACACGUGACCAACUCGCCGCAAGUCAAUACCGAGCGGACGAUCUCCGAGUACAAGCAACUGCUGCAGACGCUUGAACUCAAAGUUGCCGCACUGUCGGUCUACGUUGCAUCACUCGAGAGCAAGACGACCGUGUGUCCGCGCUGCAGCGGCUCCAGUACCGCCACCGACCCGCCGCCAUUAGCGCGUGCCAACAGCGACACCAACCUCCGCUCGACGUGCCAUGUGUGCGCCAGCAGCGAGCCGGAGCUUGUGCUUUGCGACGGCAACUGCGGACGCUUCUGGCACCUCUCUUGCCUUCCGUCGGCCAGCAACAACCCGCUCGAGUGUAUCUGUCCCGACUGCGCUGACGAUGCGUACAGUCUUCAGGACGAGCUCUCGGCGCUCAAACGGGCGCUGCAGAGUAUCAAAGCCGACCGGGAUGAGCUUGAGGAGCGUGCCAGUGUUCAAAAGCAAGUGCUGGAUGUUGCCGACCACCACAACAGCUCCCUUCACCGCGCUUUGGAAGAGCGCGUCCUGGGCCAAGAACUGCGCAUUCAAAGCCUUUCCAACCAACUCGAAGCUGCGACCUUGCAGUACACGACCACCCAGCGAGACUUGGAUGCGCUGCGUCUUUCAGUGACCAAGACAACCGAGGUCCACCGGAAGAAUGCCGACGCGGCCCAAGCCGAAAUCGAUAUCGUGCGGCGCUCGCUGCUGUUGAUGGAAAACGAAAAUGCCGCGUUGAAGGAGCAGGCCAACGACCUCGCACUUCGCGCGGCCCAGUCGGAGAAGCGCGCGCGCGAGUGCCACGACCAGCUCGACGCCUGUCGACUGCUACUGGCGCAACGCGACGACGAGACAGCGCGCCGGCACUCGUCCGUCUCGACGUUGCCCAUGAAAGUCGCGCUCUCACCGGGCAAAAUCCGGCCGGCGACCGCCAUUGACAUCCUCAACGACGCUCGCCUGUCGCUACAGUCGCGCGGCAACAUCCAGCAGUGGUGGUCCGGCAGCGACGGCCCGCCCGAACACGCCUGGGAGCCCAAGACCAACAACGUAGCAGAAGACGGCGGCACGGGCGAUGGCCCAGCGCGGCCGUUCAAAGCACGCCUUGUCGGCCUGCUCACGUCGCUGCAAGAAGAGACCGAUGCGUUCAAGGACCUCGGCGACAAGAUAGCGGAGCAGGCCAAGCCCAAGCUUCGAAAAGGGCGGCAUCGAAGCCGGCUACCGGCGAUGGACGACCCGCCACUCGGCGAGACCGUGCUGUAUUAG